AUGACUGCCUCCCGAGAUGUCCAGGCAGCUACGCUGCAGAAAUUUAUCGACGGGUGGAAAAAGUGGAAUGCUGAGGAAUGGAUGGCCACUUUCGCCGACCACUUCACUCAAAUCACUCUCCCCUUUCAGCUUGGUGUUCCCACCAGAACGCGGACACAAGUCGACCAAAUUCUUCCCGCUCUCAUCGCUACAGUUCAGUCAUACGAGCUCACAGUUCACCAUGUUGUGCACGAUCCCGAUAGAAACAAAGCAGCAGUAUACGCCUUGUCAAAAGGUACCCUUCCAUGGGGCCCCUGGCAGCUGGAGUACUCGGUGUUUAUCACAUUCACGGAAGCGGGUGAUAAGGUGGCGGUCCUCGAAGAGAUGAUGGAUUCAGCUUUCCUGCAAGACUUUGGCCCUAAGUUUGCCCAGUUUCUAGAGGAUAACGGCGGGCCUGCUGCGGUGGCUGCGAGAGCAAGGUCAACAGCUAUGAGCUAG